UCUUAUUCAUCGUAAGAAAUUUCGAAUAUUAGUGUGAUUUAAAAGACUCGCUGAUAUGCGAUGAAAACAAGAAAGAAGAAAAUAAGGGUAAAUAAAUUUGGUUCAAGGAAAAAUUGAGCGGUCGAAAUUACACCAGGGGCUCAAGAAACUCGCGUUGCGACCCUGCCAAGCUCUUGUUGCUAUGGUACAGCUGGCGCAUUGGUCCUCGACUGCGAUGACAUACGUAUACACGUAUACAUUGGUAUACGGAGGUGUGUGUCUCAGACGACAGUAGCAUGAAAAUGGUGGUGUAAAAUGACUGGACGACGGGCAGUGUUGACGAACUCUGAGCCCUUGCCAGGAAAUGGGGGUGCUGAUCCAUUUCGCGAACUUUUCGAAGCGUGUAAAACCGGGGACUUGGUAAGGGUGAAACAAAUCGUAACCCCGCAAACGGUUAACGCGCGUGAUACCGCCGGACGAAAAUCUACCCCCCUGCACUUCGCAGCUGGAUAUGGUAGGAGAGACGUGGUGGAAUUUUUACUUUCGGCUGGAGCCUCUAUACAAGCCCGCGACGACGGAGGCCUCCAUCCUCUCCACAACGCGUGUUCAUUUGGUCAUUUUGACGUUGUGCGAUUGCUUUUGGAAGCAGGAGCUAAUCCUAAUACCAGAGAUAACUGGAAUUACACGCCAUUGCACGAGGCUGCUAUCAAGGGUAAAAUAGAUGUCUGUAUUGCUCUCCUCCAACAUGGAGCUGACGCCAAUAUUCGAAACACCGAAGGAAAAAUAGCACUCGAAUUAGCUGACCCAGCAACAAAGCCGGUUCUUACGGGAGAAUAUAGGAAAGAUGAACUGCUAGAAGCAGCUAGAUCAGGCAAUGAGGAGAGAUUAUUGCAAUUAUUGAAUCCGUUGAAUGUUAAUUGCCACGCUAGUGACGGAAGACGAUCCACUCCGCUGCACUUAGCUGCCGGUUACAACAGAUCGCGGGUUGUACAAAUAUUGUUACAAAACGGAGCAGAUGUCCAUGCCAAGGACAAAGGGUAUGCAGGAUUUGGGGGGUUGGUGCCACUGCAUAACGCUUGUUCCUAUGGUCACUUUGAAGUGACGGAAGCCCUUCUGAAACACGGAGCUGCUGUUAACGCAAGUGAUCUCUGGGCCUUCACCCCGCUUCACGAAGCUGCUAGUAAAUCUAGAGCUGAAGUGUGCUCGCUGCUGCUGAGCGAAGGCGCAGAUCCGACUCAGCUCAAUUGCCACAGUAAAAGUGCCAUUGACGUGGCACCUACGCUGGAAUUACAAGAAAGACUGGCAUAUGAAUUCAAAGGACACUGUCUUCUAGAUGCCUGCAGACAGGCAGAUGCAACGAAAUUGAAAAAGUAUCUGUCUCAGGAUGUUGUUAAUUUUAAGCAUCCCUACACUGGCGAUACUCCUCUGCAUAGCGCAGUGGCAUCACCCUAUCCGAAACGGAAACAAGUUAUAGAAACUUUGAUAAGAAAAAACGCAGCUCUGAAUGAAAAAAAUAAAGACUUUCUUACACCUCUUCAUAUAGCUACCGAUCAUUCCCACUACGACGCAAUGGAUGUCUUACUACGACACAAUGCCAAAGUUAACGCCUUAGAUGGACUAGGACAGACGGCUUUGCACAGGUGCGCCAGAGAGGACAACGUUCAGGCAUGUAGGAUACUUCUUUCCUAUAACGUUGAUCCUUCGAUAGUCUCGUUGCAAGGAUAUACAGCAAGUCAAGUUGCUACGGAGAAUGUCAUAAAAAUAUUACAAGAUCCGCCCAGUGGAACGGAGGACAUCGAAGCACAGCUUCUUGAAGCAAGCAAGGCUGGGGAUUUGACCGCAGUGGAAAGAAUUCUUCAAGCUAGCCCACAUGCAGUCAACUGCCGAGAUUUAGAUGGGAGACAUUCUACACCUCUGCAUUUUGCUGCAGGGUACAACAGGGUCCCUGUUGUGGAAUAUCUCUUAGCACACGCUGCUGAUGUUCACGCUAAGGAUAAAGGUGGUUUGGUUCCUCUGCACAAUGCCUGUUCUUAUGGACAUUACGAAGUGACGGAAUUACUCGUGAAACAUGGGGCUUCUGUAAACGUGGCGGAUCUCUGGAAAUUUACCCCCCUACACGAAGCAGCAGCUAAAGGUAAAUGCGAGAUAGUACGUCUGCUGCUCAGACAUGGUGCAGAUGCAACAAAAAAGAACAGAGAUGGAGCUACGCCCCUGGAUUUAGUGAGAGAAGGCGAUCAAGAUGUUGCUGAUUUAUUACGAGGAAACAGCGCGCUUUUAGAAGCUGCCAAGAAAGGGAACUUGGCCAGGGUACAAAGGCUUGUUACUCAAGAUAAUAUCAAUUGCAGAGACGCUCAGGGCAGAAAUAGCACGCCUCUACACCUAGCCGCUGGUUACAAUAACUUGGAAGUGGCUGAAUUCCUCUUGGAACGCGGAGCAGACGUCAAUGCACAGGAUAAGGGUGGUCUCAUACCGCUGCAUAAUGCCUCGAGUUACGGUCACUUGGACAUAGCUGCCCUACUGAUAAAAUAUAACACAGUAGUGAACGCCACAGACAAAUGGGGCUUCACUCCGUUACACGAGGCUGCACAGAAAGGUAGAACGCAACUUUGCGCUCUACUAUUAGCACACGGCGCCGAUCCUUUCUUAAAGAAUCAAGAAGGACAGAGUCCUGUCGAUUUAGCGAGUGCUGACGAUGUCAAGUGCUUAUUGCAAGAUGCAAUGGCCUCGCAACAGGUCGUACCCUUGGUACCCCCUAGUCGACCUCCUAGUAUAAUUGCUGUUCCAGUCACUCCUCCACCGUCGCUAACUCAGGAAACUGUGAUAAUGCCAUCCGGUGCGGCAAUGACACUCUGCGUACCCUUGGCGCGACCGACUUCUUGCCUAAGUCCGAUGCCGUCGAUUGAGUCGUGCUCAGAGAGAGAAGUGAAAGAAAUUUGCGAGGAUCGUAACAGCAACGGGAUCACGUCCGUUUCUGGAUUCCUGCAAAGUCUGAGUCUCGAACAUCUGCUCGAAUUGUUUGAAAGAGAACAAAUCACACUGGAUAUAUUGGCAGAAAUGGGACACGAAGACUUGAAGCAAGUAGGCGUCUCAGCUUAUGGCUACAGGCACAAACUAAUCAAGGGAAUGGAUAAACUGCUGACUUCUAGUGCCGGCGGCUCCAUUUGGCAGCCAUCCAUAAACCCUGGAACCUUACUGGUGGACUUAUUAACUGAGGACAAAGAGUUUUUGGCUGUUGAAGAGGAAAUGCAGAGUACCAUACGCGAACACAGGGACAACGGUCAUUCGGGAGGUGUAUUUUCUCGAUACAACAUCGUCAGAAUACAAAAAGUCCAAAACCGUAAACUCUGGGAGCGUUACGCUCACCGUAGACAAGAAGUUGCUGAGGAAGUUGGGGCAGCGCCCGCUUCCCCCAGUGCUACUCCCAGAGCUACGCCUAGUCCUGCUGCACCUCAAGCAAAUGAAAGAAUGUUGUUUCAUGGGAGUCCUUUCAUCAACGCAAUCGUUCAAAAAGGGUUUGACGAACGGCACGCUUACAUCGGCGGGAUGUUUGGCGCAGGGAUUUACUUUGCCGAACACAGUAGUAAAAGUAAUCAAUAUGUUUAUGGGAUUUGUGGCGGUACUGGAUGCCCUGCACAUAAGGAUAGGAGUUGCUAUAUAUGCCACAGACAUCUUCUUCUAUGCCGAGUUACGUUGGGUAAAUCGUUCCUACAAUUUUCAGCCAUGAAAAUGGCCCACGCUCCCCCUGGGCAUCACAGCGUGGUAGGAAGACCCUCGCAAGGUGGUCUUGUCUUCCCGGAAUAUGUAGUAUAUAGAGGUGAACAGGCUUAUCCCGAGUACCUGAUAACUUAUCAGAUUGUCAGGCCUCAACAGGAGGCGGGUGGCGGGGAAGGUAGUGAGGAACGGUGAUCAGAAGAGGUGAGCCCUGCAGCCAGACUUUGUUGCCUCUGUUGCUGUCAGAGGCCUAGAACAUGCGGUGUGUUGUCUUAGGUUGUGUCCGAACUUUUAUUUUAUCGACAUUACAUUUUUUUCAUUAUAGUUUAUAUUAUACCCUAUAUUAUAAGGAUUGAUUGAUUAAUUGAUGGGAAAGAAUCUGGUGUCAAUGAAUUAACAGCGAAGCUUAAUCAUUUUACAUUCUUGUUUGUAAUGGGUUUAGAAUUUAUUGGUUCUCAGUACAGGUUAGAUCAGUAAUUUUCACAAGAAGAGAAAGGGAAGUGAGAAAAAAAAUAGACAUGCAACAGUAUUACGAACGUUUCGUUUUUUCAUUCGUUUUUUCAUUCGUUUUUCUAUACAAACCUGUGGUUUUUGCUCUUUCUGUUAACGUAGUAUUUAUUUGUAUUAUUAUUAUUGUUUAGUAUUGAUUGGUCUUGAUCGAUCGGUGGAUUGAAUAUUCUCACUUCAAAGGAGACUUGACUAAUUUUUAUUAUUACAUUAUUUUAGAACAAUUUUUUACGACAGAAUGUAUGCAUUUAAAGUUAUUGAAUCAAUUUUUACUUUAUUUUUGUAGAAAUUUAUUUGGAUUAUCAAUCAUUUUAUAGGUCGUCAUCCAUGGCUGCGUAAAUAGGUAUAUUAUUCGUUCAUACAUAUAUGUGCAUGAAAUAAAAUGUAGGCAUGAUCUAUUCGGGGACACACACCUUACCGAAUGCGUGUGUAAAUGUGAAGAGAAGUAAAUGAAUUUUAUACAUUUUUCAGGGAUAGACGCUAUUCUUGGAGUAAUGAAAAAUGUAGCCACAAAUUAAACUGAUCUCAAUAGAUCUUUGAAUUUUAGUUAGAUCCGGUAUAAAUCAAUUGAUUCGUAUAGUCUAUAUACCUUGAGUUAUACUGUCACAAAGACAUUAAAAUAAUUGAAAUAAAUGAAGUAUAGUGAUUGUACGUUUU